AUGCCACUAAAAUUUAUUAAAAGCCAAAAAGGGAAAAACAUGUCGGUGUAUAACGGUUUCCUGUACAGCAAGCAUGAAGUGUACGAAAAUAAAAUUGUAUGGCGUUGCUCUGAUUUUAAAAAAUUUGCAUGCAAAAGCCGAUGCCACACUACUUCAGAAGAUGAAACAGGUGAGAUUCUAAAAUACACUGAUCAUUCACAUGCUCCAAAUGUAGCAAAAUCGGAGGCUAAAGGACUAGUUAAUGAAAUAAAGAAAAGUGCGGAAAAUGGACAAUUUUCAACUAGAUAG